AUGCUUUAUGAACUUGUAUGUGUGUACCUUUCGGCCAUAUCAAUAUACGGACCAUUAGAGAGAGAGAGAGAGAGAGAGAGAGAGAGAGAGAGAGAGAGAGAGAGAGAGAGAGAGAGAGAGAGAGAGAGAGAGAGAGAGAGAGAACGAGAGAGAGAGAACGAGAGAGAGAGAGAGAGAGAGAGAGAGAGAGAACGAGAGAGAGAGCGAGAGAGAGAGAGAGAGAGAGAGAGAGAGAGAGAGAGAGAGAGAGAGAGAGAGAGAGAGAGAGAGAGAGAAGAGAACAAGAGAACGAACGAGAGAACAAACGAGAGAUAUACACAGAGUUCAUUAAACUACGGUUUCGAAAGAACCUAUGAAGUAUUCAAAUUGGAACACAAUAAUUCAGAAGGACGUAGCAUAUUGGGUUGCAGCCUUUGA